CAACGUAUAUAAGACAAGACAAAUGCCAACGACACUCCAUCUUCUUCUUCUUCUUCUUCUUCGUAUGGUGGUGUCUGUCCGUCUGUCUGUCUCUGCAAAUCCCAUGAUGCGUUUCUGCUGCUGAGCCGAUGAGCGAACGAUCCGCGAAAUCAAGAAAACCCAAACCCACUUCACCUCCCGCCAAUGCGAUCCCAAUCUCGUCCCCAAAUCACCAUCAAUCCUCCCUUUUGAUCCUCAUGGCUCGCAAGUCGUCUCUCCUCAAGCAAGCCCUGGUCUUCGUCGUCCUCCUCCUCGCUCUCUACGCCUUCUUCACUUCCUUCCUCAACCCAGAUCCCAAAGUCGACCCCUGGUUCGGAGCUCACCAUCUUUCCCGAGAAAACCCCUCGGAUUACCCCGGAAAGUCGCCGCCUUUCCCCGUCAAUGUCUUCAUGUACGAGCUCCCCGAGAGGUUCACCUAUGGCGUCAUCCGGGAGCACUCGGCCGCGCGCGGUGGAGCCCCCGUCGCUGACGCGUCCGCCCUCAAGUACCCGGGGCACCAGCACAUGGCGGAGUGGUACCUCUUUGCGGACCUGAACCGACCCGAGUCUGAGAGGACUCGGGCCGGCUCGCCAAUCGCUCGGGUGACUGAUCCCGAAGAGGCUGAUCUAUUCUACCUGCCGGUGUUCUCUUCGUUGAGCUUGAUUGUGAAUCAGGGCCGGCCCCCGGGGACGGAUCCGGUGUACAGCGACGAGGAGAUGCAGGAGGAGCUGGUGAAGUGGUUGGAGGGUCAGGCGUAUUGGAAGAGGAACAACGGGUGGGAUCACGUUAUCAUUGCUCAGGACCCGAAUGCGCUGUACCGGGUUGUGGAUCGCUUUAAGAAUGCAGUUCUGUUAGUGUCGGAUUUUGGGAGGUUGAAACCGGACCAGGCCUCAUUGGUGAAGGAUGUGAUAUUGCCUUAUUCACAUCGCAUAAACACUUACAAUGGUGAUAUUGGGAUUGAGAAACGCAAGACUUUGUUGUUCUUUAUGGGAAACCGUUUCCGGAAAGAGGGAGGAAAAAUUCGUGAUUUGCUGUUUCAAAUACUUGAAGAUGAAGAGGAUGUGGUAAUGAAACAUGGUGCACAGUCUAGAGAGAGUCGACGUGCAGCAUCACAGGGAAUGCAUACAUCCAAGUUCUGUCUCAACCCUGCUGGUGAUACCCCGUCGGCCUGCCGUCUGUUUGAUGCUAUAGUUAGCUUGUGUGUCCCUGUUAUCGUCAGUGACAGCAUUGAGUUGCCAUUUGAAGAUGUCAUAGACUAUCGGAAAAUUGCAAUAUUUGUAGAUACUGCCUCUUCUCUGAAGCGAGGGUUUUUGGUGAAUCUUCUGAGACAAGUACCGAAAGAAAGGAUUCUGGAAUAUCAGAAAGAGAUAAAAGAGGUGAAGCGAUUUUAUGAGUAUGGUGAUCCAGACGGAACAGUCAAUGAAAUUUGGCGGCAAAUUUCGCAGAAGCUACCCCUUAUUAAACUGAUGGUUAACCGUGACAAGAGGAUUGUCAAGAGGGAAUUGAGUGAACCAGACUGUUCCUGUAUGUGUUCGAACCUGACCGGGGUCAUUUCUACUCUAUGACGCGAGCCUUAUUUGCGACUUUUAUAUCCGACCACUAAAAUCGCUUGAGUGCUGGCCAGUUGGUGUUGGAAUUAGCUCGUGUUGGAUUCAGCAACUAUACCACGAUCUGUAGGACACCCUUCAAGGUUGAGUUUAGAAAUAUCGAGGAGCAUCGGUGCAUUUAAUUUAUCCUCUUUUCUUGCUAGUACACCAUUUACAAUGGACACCCUCCUUUCCACCACCCCCUUGGCAGAGGUUUUUUCAGGAUUUGUUAGGCAGGGUAGCAGUUGCAGAUCAUUAUAGAUUCUGGACUUGUGAUGAUGCAGAAUAGGGAAGUUAAGUUAAAGAUUGAUUACUGCCUGUAACUUUUUUCACAUAAUGUACAUUGUACAGAAGAUCUGAGAAUAUACCUUAUUCUUUUUCAUA